AUGCAUAAUUGCAAUGGCAUUAUUGUCGCCGUCGUGUUAUUUGUGCUGCUGCGCCGUCAUUGGGGUUCUGCUGUGCAGUGAUGAAUGAUUACUGAGAUUCUCGCGCUGACAAUCAAAUGUUCUCAAAUUCAUUGAGAAAAAAUGUAAUAAGAAGAAAGUGUCUCCCUGCUCAGUCAUUUCGUGAAAAGCUUAUCUUGACAGAAUAUUAUUCAGUCACUCAGGAUGGUUGACUAUCACUACAAUUAAGUAAUGUGGUUCUAAAUAGGCUGUUUCAGUCAAAUGUACAUCAUAUUAUAGUACAUUUGCCAAAUGUACAAGUGCAAGCCAUUACUCUGCUCCUUUGGGUGAACUUGUUGGAGCGUGUGUGGCCGCCCACAGACUCAGUCUGCAGCUGAUUCAUUGGACGCGUCUUCCUGUUGCUGAGUAGAUGCGGUUUAAACAGCUCACACACUGUCGGGCAUCAGUCUGACUAUUCUCUGCCGAGCAGGGGCCAUGAAACCAGUUUUCUGACUUUCAGACAUUUAAAAAAAAAAAAAAUUGUAUCUUAUUUUGAAACAAAAUCUUGAACAGAUCAGUUCUUUAGUUUAGUUAUUUUCGUUAGUUUCUGUUGGUUUUUCCUUUUCGCCAUGAAUGUCCGUCUUUUCCUCGGUGCUGCCCUGUGGUCUUGUUGCGCAGGUAUGUCUGGGAGCCGAAGGUGGAGCCUCCGGGAACAGUGUAUCAAGGAAGAUCCUGGCCUCUGCUGGUGAAACGGUCAUUCUGCCCUGCCACGUCAAUGUCAGCGCUGACAUCCCAGCAGAUGUAGAGUGGUCCAAGGAAGGUCUGGAUCCAAACAUCGCCUUCCUGUACCGCGAUGGCUGUGAGACCUACGAGAUGAAGAAUCUGGUCUUCCAGUACAGGACAAACCUCUUCAUUAACGAACUGAAAAACGGAAACAUCUCGCUGAGGAUUUCCAACGUGCAGCUGUCUGAUACAGGAAUAUACAUAUGCAAGACACUCCAGAGGCCUCCUCGGGAGGUCGUUACAAUAGAGCUUGUUGUGGGUGCAGUUUCUGAGCCACAACUCUCAGUUGUUCCAGCUGUGAAUGAUGGAGUGACUCUGCAGUGUGAAGCCAACUGCUGGUUCCCGCAGCCUGAGAUAACAUUUCUUGAUGAACAGGGAAACAACAUCAGUGCUGAAACCCCGAAGAGUGGUGUAGACUCCAGGGGAUGUUACACCGUCACAAGGAGAGUGACUGUGCAGACUGCUACCAAAAGGGUCACCUGCAGAGUUCAGCAGCCUCACCACAUAAAUCAGACGAGGGUCACAGAUAUUUACAUACCAGCAAACUGCAUGACAUCCUGCACUCUAACCACCAGCAUUGCUGUUGUAGUAACUGCAAUAAUAUGUGCAUUAAUUGGCUUCUUAUUCAAGAAGUGUGGGAACUUUGUUGGGGGGAAAAAAAUUACAAUUACAAAGUACAACACACAGAAAUGCAGAAGUUUACACACCAAGAAACCAGGCUGACGACAAUGAAAAUUCCACCACUGAGCAUCUAAAAAAAAUAAAGGAACUUCAUGACAAAGAAGAGAUCAUCCGCCAACUAACUGAAGAGCUGAAUGACCUCAGAUCUAAGCAGAGUCCUGUUGCGUGCAGUCAUGGCCAGCCUACAUUUGACAAUAGUCCUUCCAAAUCCUCACCAGACGUCUCAAAUCCCAUUAACCUAGCCCCACAGUUUCCCCAAGACAACAAUCCAAAACCAGCGGCCUCAGCCAACAGCAACUGUCCUAAAUCUGGCAACUUACCCCAGAACAAAGAUUCAAAACCUGGAGUCUCAAUACAAAUUCCAGCAUCUAGCCCCCUGAUCCAAAAAGGCAGUCACAACCACAGCAGUCCUGCUCUUUCGACAGAUAACAGCACUGUGUUGCCCACCUCAUCUUCAGCCUUCACUUCAAAGGAAAGGGCUGUUCGUUCACACAGCUUGUCAGAGCCUCGUCGAAAUAGUGCCGGGCUCCAACGUAGAUCCACCAUCUCAGCCCUGUCUAAUAACCCCUUUGGUAUUCUGGCAAAUUUGCCUGAAGAUUCGGAGCCGUUGCUUUGAUGACAGCAGAGCAGAAAUGUCACCAGGUAAAACUAAAAUCUGAGGUGAACAGCGCACAGCCGUCAGUUGGGUGGGAGUUUGUGUGGUUUUCAUACAAAUAAUUGGCAUUACAAAUGUUUACAAAAUGCUUGGUACCCAUGAGCCUCAUUGCACUGAGGUCAGCAUGUGGUCCACCUGGCUGUGCCAUCGCAAGUUACCCUGGAUAGUGACCCCCAGCACUGAACCGAAAGAUGUUUCCUGUGAAAGACCUUCCAGACUGUACAGAAGUGUGUAGAAAUUCAACACAGUAUCUACACAAUUAAAUGGAUUCAGGUUUCUGGUCUAUAAAAAUGAUUCAUUAAUAGCCCUGUACAUAUUUCACAUGUUAAAAGAGUAUCAAGGCCUAAGAUUGUAUUUGAGUCAACUCAACUCAAAUUAUGUCAGUGGUCAAGAAAAUAACAUUUUAUAUGUUUUUAAAGCUUUCCUUCUGUCUUUUACAAAAUAAAGAGCUUUUAUGUGUUUAAUUACAGUGCUCUGUACUCCAUACUAUACUAUUCUAAAACUCUAAAAACAGGUGAAGACCACCCCCUGGUGGAUAAAUCAUGGUAUUGCAUUUUUUUGAUUUGCACUGGUUUUUGGUUUUUGUCGAUCCACCAGCAUUCAAUGAUUUAGAAAUAAAUUAUACAAUAAAACUACAAAUACAUAUGAUCUGCCAUUUGCUUUCAUUUUAAGCUGUUUUAUAUGUGUACAAUUUCAUAUAUAUAAUUAUUUCCUCCUCUUACGCCACUUUAUAUUCUAAAUGUUUCUUUUGUCAUUCAUUUAUUACGUUUUUCUAGUCUGUCUUUUGUAAAGUACUCACUUUUAGUUACCAUUUCUAUUAAAUGUUUUAUACAAAUAA